AUGAAAAUCAUUCAUCAAAACGGUUAUUCAAAGGAGGAAUUAUUGAACUGGAGAAUUACUGUUUACAGGAAUUUAAUUCAAUCAGCACAAGCUAUUAUCACGGCUCUUAAUCAGUUUGAAUAUCGAUUACAGUCAGAGAAGGCUGAAUAUGAGGCACAACAUAUUCUGGAAUAUCGUUUAUUGCCACAUCAAGGAUGUAUUGAUCCUUGUUUUAUUGAUGCCGUUAAUACUGUUUGGCGUGAUCCAGGUGUGAAAGAAUUGUUAGAUAGUAAAUCAUCCGAGUUUUAUUUAAUGGAUAAUGCAUCAUACUUUUUUGAAAAUAUGCAAAGAAUAGGUCAGCCUAAUUAUGUGCCUACUGAACAGGAUGUACUAAGUGCAAGAGCAAAAACAACAGGCAUAGUAGAGACACGAUUCAUGAUAAAGGAGACAAGUAUUCAUAUGUUUGAUGUUGGAGGUCAAAGAUCAGAAAGAAAGAAAUGGAUUCAUUGCUUCGAAUCAGUAAAGUCGAUUAUAUUUUGUGUUUCCCUGUCAGAAUAUGAUCAGGUCUUAUUGGAAGAAUCUCGACAAAAUCGAAUGAUGGAAAGCUUAGUAUUAUUUGAAUCAGUUGUGAAUAGUCGUUGGUUUUCAAGAGCAACCAUCAUUUUGUUUUUAAAUAAAAUUGACAUUUUCCGUGAAAAGGUUAAAAGAAUCCCAAUAGAAAAGUUUUUCCCUGAUUAUGGAGGUGGUCCUGAUGUAAAUAAAGCUGCAAAAUAUAUUUUAUGGCGUUUUAAUCAAACAAAUCGAGCAAAACUUCGUAUUUAUCCACAUUUAACCCAAGCUACUGAUACUUCUAAUGUAAAUAUUUAUAUAAAUGUUAACAUCAAGAAUGAAUGA